CCUCUUAGAAAUGGGCGAAAAGCUUAAUAGCAAAUUGCGGUAAACAACUAACUAACAUAUAUUAUAAAAAGUAGGCACUUGAAAAUAUACCAUAUCUCCUCUUUCUCGCGUGAGUUGCAGUGAGCUCUGCGCAGUGAGAACUGUAGGUAGUCCGCCAUUGCUGUGUGUGGAGAUCUACGUUAGACCAGAAUUGGCGUUUGAUUGUCAACAACUAACUACAGACCUACAAGGAAGGUCGAGUGGGAGCUGAUCGGCUGGUGCACAAGUAUACCUCCCUGUUCCUAACCAGAAAAUAUUUUCAUGUAAAUACAGAACACACAGACGAGGUAACCAUGUCCAAUCUCAGCAAAGGAGGCACCAAGAAGGACACCAAGAUGAGGAUACGAGCCUUUCCUAUGACCAUGGACGAGAAGUAUGUCAACAACAUCUGGGACCUUCUGAAGAAUGCCAUCCAGGAGAUCCAGAGGAAGAACAACAGCGGGCUGAGCUUCGAGGAGCUCUACAGGAACGCCUACACCAUGGUGCUGCACAAGCACGGCGAGAAGCUCUACACGGGCCUCCGGGAAGUGGUCACGGAGCACCUCAUCAAUAAAGUAAGGGAAGACGUACUCAACUCCCUAAACAACAACUUCCUUCAAACACUGAACCAGGCCUGGAACGAUCACCAGACAGCAAUGGUCAUGAUCAGGGAUAUCCUCAUGUAUAUGGACCGGGUGUACGUGCAGCAGAACAACGUGGAGAAUGUCUACAACCUGGGCCUCAUCAUCUUCAGGGACCAGGUGGUGCGCUACGGCUGCAUCCGGGACCACCUCCGUCAGACCCUGCUGGACAUGAUCGCCCGGGAGAGAAAGGGCGAGGUGGUGGACAGGGGGGCAAUCAGAAAUGCGUGCCAGAUGUUAAUGAUUUUAGGCCUCGAAGGGAGGUCAGUUUACGAAGAAGACUUUGAAGCCCCGUUUUUAGAAAUGUCCGCAGAGUUCUUCCAGAUGGAAAGUCAAAAGUUUUUAGCGGAAAACAGCGCCAGUGUGUACAUAAAGAAAGUGGAGGCGCGGAUCAACGAGGAGAUUGAGCGCGUGCUGCACUGCCUGGACAAGACGACGGAAGAACCCAUCGUCAAGGUUGUGGAGCGGGAGCUCAUCUCCAAGCACAUGAAGACCAUCGUGGAGAUGGAGAACUCUGGCCUGGUCCACAUGCUGAAGAACGGAAAGACAGAGGACCUGGCGUGUAUGUAUAAGCUCUUUAGCAGAGUGCCAAACGGGCUGAAGACCAUGUGUGAGUGCAUGAGCUCCUAUCUCCGUGAGCAGGGCAAGGCUCUGGUGUCUGAGGAGGGUGAGGGCAAAAACCCUGUGGAUUACAUCCAGGGUCUUUUGGAUCUAAAGUCACGUUUUGACCGCUUCCUCCAGGAGUCGUUCAACAACGACCGUCUGUUCAAGCAGACCAUUGCAGGGGACUUUGAGUACUUCCUCAACCUCAACUCUCGGUCGCCAGAGUACCUCUCGCUGUUCAUUGAUGACAAGCUGAAGAAGGGCGUUAAAGGACUGACGGAGCAGGAGGUGGAGUCCAUCCUGGACAAGGCCAUGGUGCUGUUCCGUUUCAUGCAGGAGAAGGACGUGUUUGAGAGGUACUACAAACAGCACCUGGCCCGGAGGUUGCUCACCAACAAGAGUGUCUCGGACGACUCGGAGAAGAACAUGAUCUCCAAGCUCAAGACGGAGUGCGGUUGCCAGUUCACCUCCAAACUGGAAGGAAUGUUCCGGGACAUGAGCAUCUCAAACACAACCAUGGAUGAGUUCAGGCAACACCUGCAGUCAACAGGGGUGUCGUUGGGUGGAGUUGAUCUUACUGUGAGAGUCUUGACAACUGGUUACUGGCCAACGCAGUCCGCCACACCCAAAUGUAAUAUCCCCCCUUCGCCUCGACAUGCAUUCGAAGUCUUCAGAAGGUUUUAUCUGGCCAAGCACAGUGGAAGGCAGCUCACGUUGCAGCAUCACAUGGGCUCUGCAGACCUUAAUGCCACCUUCUACGGCCCAAUCAAAAAGAGGCCCAGUGGUGACCGACUCUCUCCGACUCUCUCCGCCCAGGAGGACGGCUCAGAGGUGGUGGUGGGCGGAGCCCAGGUGACAGGCUCCAACACCAGAAAGCACAUACUGCAGGUGUCCACCUUCCAGAUGACAAUACUCAUGCUCUUCAACAACCGGGAGAAGUCCAUGUUUGAGGAGAUCCAGCAGGAGACGGACAUCCCGGAGAGAGAGCUGGUACGAGCGUUGCAGUCAUUGGCCUGUGGGAAGCCCACCCAGCGUGUCCUCACUAAAGAGCCCAAGUCCAAGGAGAUCGAGAACGGCCACAUGUUUACCGUCAAUGACCAGUUCACCUCCAAGCUGCACCGGGUCAAGAUCCAGACAGUUGCUGCUAAGCAGGGAGAGUCGGACCCAGAGAGGAAGGAGACACGGCAGAAGGUGGACGAUGACAGGAAGCACGAGAUCGAGGCUGCUAUCGUCCGCAUCAUGAAAUCCAGGAAGAAGAUGCAGCACAAUGUUUUAGUGGCAGAGGUCACCCAGCAGCUGCGAUCACGAUUCCUCCCCAGUCCUGUAGUCAUCAAAAAGCGAAUUGAAGGACUCAUUGAGCGGGAAUAUUUGGCGCGGACACCAGAGGACCGCAAAGUGUACACUUAUGUAGCAUAAAGACAUAAAUUAAUUGAAAGCUGACACAAAGAAAACAAGAGCCUUUUUUAGGGGUUCUUGUGCUAUGCGUAUGAACUUGGAAGUAUGUCUUUUCAUUGAUACUGGGAAACACUGGGAAGCUUACUUGUCUUCCAUUGGGGGGAAAAAGGUGUAGAAAAUUGCUUUUUAAAAGGCAGAAGUUUUCUAAAUAUUUUAGAUUUCUUCUGCUGUGAAGAGCAAGAUGGAAUGGGAUUCAGCUUUGUUACAGAUCCAUGUUCCUGAUGUGGCCUUGGGGAGAAUUGGGGUUAUGGGAUUGAAUUAGUCAAAUGUACUGCAUUCAAACCCAAGGAAACAAGCAUACAUAAAAUAAUUGGUGUGUGUUGGCUACACGAAGACCAAGAAAAUAUUUGACACUUCUCCCCUGUUCUAAAUGUUGUUGUAAAUGUGUUAUGUUUGUGUUUUUCGUGUCACCAUGCUGGUUGUACAGGUUAUCAGACACUUGGCUUUUUUUCCAUUCAAGGGUUUUAAUGAAAGCAAAUAGGAGCGGUGGCUUGAUAAUAUGCUAUAUCUUAUGGAAUAGUGGAAGAAGUCACAUACACUACCAGUCAAAUGUUUCGACAGGUACAGUAUGCCUUAUUCAAGGUCUGUGGUUUUGGCUUCUAUUAUAAGUGAAUGGACAGGCCAGAAAAGAUUUCCCUUUUCUAGGUUCCUACCAAUGCAGAUCACAAAUGGGGAAAGUUUAUUUUUUUCCUUUACUGCAUUUCAAACGGAACCUGUUUAGCGCCAUGUUUUAAUGUGUAUAAAUUGUAAAUUAGUUGUUAUUGUACUCACUGCUGAAGUGGACUGUAUAGGGCCUUGUUUUCAUCAUUAAAUGGAGAAAGAAAAAUGGAUGGAAAACAUUUGCGCCUCCCUGUUCUACAACUCUGUGCCUUUCUUAUCUGAGAGUACAUAGAAAGCCACAGUAAAUUGUCAGUUGUGUGAAAUGUGUGUUCUUUUGGCCAUAAUUAAAGCCUAAUGCAUAGACAGAAUGACACAGUUUAGCUCAGCAAGCAGCUGAGAUGAAGUCAAAGGACCUCUCACUUUAACACUGGUAGCUGAGUAAGUCUUUUAAGCUGCAGUAUUUAUUGUCAAAUCACCUUCUGAAGAAUGUUUUCUAGCUAAGAAACCACUAAUACUAGUUAAGAGAACAUAAAGAUUUGAGGCAUUUGGGUAAGCCUGUAAGUCAACCAGUGUGACCAUUUUAAUAAAAUUGCUGCAAUUCA